AUGGUGUCUCACGAUGAGGUCGACCCGGUUCGGUUGAGGCAACAAUCUGUCACUCAAGCAUGGCAAGACAAGGUUGAGCACACUCAACAUGUUGACGCUCUAGUCAUCGAAGCUGAGAACGAAGAUAAGAUGACCCCAUACUUGGCCUUCUUGAUUCUUACAGCCGCUCUUGGUGGAUUCCUGUACGGUUACGACACCGGUGUUGUCGGUGUUGCCCUUCCUUACAUCGGAAGCGAGUUGACCGGCAAAGACCUCACCUAUCCCCAGCAAGAGAUCGCCACUGCCGCCACCACUAUCGGAUCAAUCUUCGGAGCAGCCGUCUUGGGCUUCUUUGCCGACAAGUGGGGCCGAAAGCCCUGUCUGUUGAUAUCUGAUCUGUUCUUCACUGCUGGUGCCAUCAUCAUUGCUUUCAGCUUUUCUCUUGGCCAGGUCGUCGCCGGUCGUCUCAUCCUGGGCGUUGGAGUUGGCGGAGCUGCUGUCAUUUGCCCUCUUUACAUUACUGAGCUGGCUCCGACCAAGGCCCGUGGACGAUGUGUUGGAACAAACGGUUUCUGCAUUCCUUUUGGCCAGACCGUCAGUGUCGCUAUCGGUGCCGGUAUGCAACACACUAAGUACAACUGGCGCAUCCUUUUCGGCCUUGGCGUUGUGCCAUCACUCAUCCAACUCUGUCUUAUGCACAAACUCCCAGAGUCUCCUCGUGUUCUCAUCCUCCGUGACCAGGACGACAAGGCUCGCGAAGUUCUCAAGAGGAUUUACAAGUUCGCCUCACCUGAGAUAAUCGAGCUUAAGUUGCAGGUCAUCAAGGAUCAUGUCACUGCCACCACCGCUCUACAACGCACAACCACCUUCUGGGAGCGUUCCAAGAAACUGUGGACUCACAAGCCGUACCGUCGUUCCAUCUUCACUGUCAGCUUCAUCCAGGUCUUUGGCCAAUUCACUGGUUACAACACCCUUCUCUACUACGCUGGCACUCUGUUUAGACUUCUCGGCCUCUCCAACCCUUCUGUUGGCGGUUUGAUCCCAUCCAUUACUAACACUUUCUUCCUUCUUCUCGGUAUGGUCAUGGUUGAUCGCAUCGGUCGCCGUGGUCUCCUGAUGAAAUUCGGUCCCAUCAUGAUUGUCGGUCUUACUUGGUGCCUCAUUGCCUUCUACUUCAUGUGCAAGCCUACAGGAGGAUUUCUCGAUGAAGACUACAAGUAUUCCCGGAAACUUGUCGGUCUUGUCAUUGCCGGAAUCGUCAUCUUCGUCACCGGCUUCGGCUCUACAUAUGCUCACUUGUGUUGGUAUCAAUCCGAGUACCUUGCUCUGGAGAUUCGUGCCGCAGGUAGUGCCAUCAGCACCACCGCGAGCUUUACGGCCAACCUAGUCGUCUCCGUGUCCUACCUCAGCGAACUCGAAACGAUGACUCCCAGCGGAACAUACGGUCUAUACUUGUGCUUCGUCUUGACUGGUCUUGUGCUUGCCUACUACUGCUACCCUGAGACCAAGGGCCUGUCGAUCGAGGAAGCCUUUACUCUCUUCCAGGACGAUUAUGGGGUUAAGAAAUCUAAAGAGAUGCGACGAGAGAAGCUUGCAAUGCAGAAGGAAUAUAACUCACCUGCAGACAUCCCAGUAAUGAAUAUAUAUUUAUUGUUAAGGGCAUAUUUAUUGUUAAGCUUAUCCAUAAGGAUAAGAAUAUAG